AUGGAGGUACUGCCCGAUGCCUUAGUCCAAUACAUUCUAUCCCAGAUGAGCAAUGCACGGGACGUGGCAUCUUGCAACUGUGUCUCCAAGAGAUGGAAGGACUCGACCCCUUACCUGAAAAGUUUAUUCUUUUCUCGGAAUUUAUUCGACAACCUCACUGGUCAAGACACCCCCGAUGCCAUCGUGAGCCGGAUGGUCUCGUCGGUAGUAAAGCUGGAGGAGCUCGUGGUCUACUGCCCAUUCUCGAGCCUGGGCCUCGCCACAUGGCUGUCAACAUCAGGGCCCACCUUGAAGUGCCUCGAGCUCCGUCUUGACAACCGAACCGAACACGACACUUUUGUCGAGAUCCCUUCGAAACUGGACUGCAUCCGAGCAGCCUUUAAUUUGGAGUCGCUCAAGCUGUGGGGCGUACUCAUGAUUUAUUCCCCGAAAUGGGAUGUUUUUUGCCGUUUAAAAAAUCUUGAGAUAGUUGGUGCCAGGCUGGAGGACAGUGCCCUGUUGGAAGCAUUGCAUGCCUGUCCUAAGCUGACUCAUCUUUUGCUUCUCGGGUGUGAGGGACUGGGGUCUGUCUUGAUUGAGAAUCCAUGCCUGGAGCAUUGCAAGCUGGAUUUUUUUGGGGUUGGGAACUGCUCGCUUGUGAUUGGCUCACCAAGGCUUGAGUUGCUUGAGGUGCAGGGUUGUAGUCUGAUUAGGGUUCGUGAAACUCGGUACUUACGGAAUCUCUCAAUUGCCAAUAACUCAGGACGGGUGUAUACAUUGGAUUUUGGAAAACUUGAGGCAUUGGAAUCAUUGUCCAUUAGAGGAGUACAAUGGUGCUGGGAUGCUAUUAGUAAAUUACUCCAAAUGGCCAGUGAAGUUAAGCAUCUCUACAUGAAAGUGGAAUUUACUGGUGAUUCUGAGACCCUUCUGCCAUUUCCAGAGAUUGAUUUUGUCGACUUCUUUAACAGCCACCCCAAGCUUCAUACAUUUGAUGUUCAUGGUGCUAUGUUUGCUGCUCUUUGUCAGAAGAAAAGCCUGAAAAAUGUGGACUCGAGAUUUGCUAUUCCGUGCCUUGAGAAGGUUGUUAUCACCAUAAGGUCACCGCUGAAUGCCGAACAGAAGAUGAGCACGCUGGAGUCGUUGAUAAAGUACGCAAAGAAUCUAAAGAAAAUGGCAAUAAAGAUUCUUCAGAUGAAGAGCAGCCACAGUAGCACAGAUGAAUUCUUUGAGGAAAUUUGCAAAUUCACGUACACAAAUCGCAAAAUUGUUUCAAUAGAGUAG